CAGCAAAAAAAAAAAAAAAAACAGCACAGAAUUUAAUCAUACUAAUGUCAGUAGUGGUUCUGCAUCACCGGUUGGAAACAGAAACAAGAACUCAUACUAAGGGUUUUGCAGCCAAACCACUUAGUGUGCAAAAAUGAUCAAGGCUUUUUUUUCUUUGUAAUUCAAGUCUUCGUAUGAAAGGGAAGGCCAAGGCGGACGUAAUGUUUUACUGGCAUUUGUGUGUUAGUUGGUCACAGCAUAACUCAAAAAGUAACGAAUGUAUUUUGCUGAGCUAGAUCCUGAAGGAAAUCCCCAUUAGCAAAGUAUGGAUAUACUUGAAUAAGUUUCAAACUAAUAAUGAUAUCAAUGUGAUUCCAAAUGCUAGGGGUAGGUUUUCAUGGACAAGGAAUCAUAUUAUGAGGGUCAACUAUCAUGGAACUAAUCCUUUUAGGUGUAAUGGCUUUAUCAAGACAGUGAGUUAUCUUAGUGCUGUCUAGUCUCUCCCUGUUUCUUAAGUUGUCUGGUGUCCAGCACCUGCAUCAGUUUGUCUAAACUUUUUUCAUGGAAAAUCAGUAUUGAUCUAUAUUAUCAUAUUUUCAUUGUAUGCUGUGAUAAUGUUAUUAAAAGUCUAAUUUAAGCCAUUCUUCCUGUCUUUUUCUUACUCUUGAUCCUAGAUAAAACCUUUUGUGAGGAGGCAGUCCUCCCAUCUCUAGCCUUGCUGCCCUUGGAGCGGCUGUUGGAGAGUCUUCCAGGGCGGAAGGUGGAUCGUAAGAGCAUGGAGAGACUGAAGAAGGCCUGCUCUCCUCAGCAGCAGGUCCUCCAGCUGCUGAGACUCUGGAGGCAGCAGAACAAGGACCAGGACAAGCUGAAUGGCAUCAUACAAGGUGUGGCCCACUGUGAGAGAAAGGUCUCACGAUGCAGCAGUCUGAAGAACCUGACACUAGAUGACCUUCUUAAGGUUGCCAAUAGCCUACCAGGGGUCAAAGUUCGGCAAGAGGAUGUCCAAACUGUGGUCUCUACCUGCCGGCCCAGACAGUACAUUCUGCAGCUGCUUCACCUUUGGAAGACAGCAAACUAUGACCUGGAUCUAGUCAAAGGUCUAUCUCACAGUCUGAGGGUGCUGCGCAGCCAGGGGGCACCGCACAAUCUGCUGAAAGGCCUGAAGAAAAUCAGUCGCAUCAUAGAAACCAGCUCCGCACACAAGCUGUAUGAGAAAAUGUUUUUCACUAUGCUUCAGGAUGAGUCAUGUUUUAAGGCUCAUAAGCCCUUAAAUUAAUAGGAAAAUGGGAAAUACAAAUAGGAACACAUGCAGUCUAAAGCAUAAAAUGACACCAAUGCAUGUUCAAAUAAUAAACCCAAAAGCACACACAGUAAACAGGAGGAUAAAUAUAUGUACUAGUAAAAGAGUAACAGACAAGGGUCACGUGAUAAUGUCAGGUCUUUAAGAUAUCUCUAAGUGAUAUCAAGCUAUGCACAUAUUGCCUAGAGGUACUUUGUGAAAAAGGCAAGAUGGGGAGGCAAAUUAUUCUUUCCAUCUCUGAUUGUCUUAUCAAAACCCUUUGCCAAAGUAAGGUUUUGAUUAAAAGAGGUAAGGAAUGCUAAAAACAUCACUCUGGGUGUACAGCAUCUGUUUUGGCAGUUACGAAUCUAAUAAGCCCUACUGGUCAAACACAUUGGAAGCGUUUUCUAUGCCCAUCUCAGGCUGCAGAGAGAAUUCCACUAUAACAAAUGGGUCAAUCCACUCUGGAUCCGUGAGACGCGCGUUUUUUACGCGUAAUGUCUGUUUUCCCUCUACCACGUUUACUGAAGCAUAAUCGCCACAGUCAGCUCUUUAAAUCACACAAAUCCUGUUGUUUUCUGUUACGACUGACCAGGCUGCUUGAGUUUCACUUUCACUUUCUCUAUCUGUAACAAGUCGGGGAAAAAAAUCAAUAAAAUCAAUUCAUCUAUCGGCUACGUAAAAACGCGAUUUCUGCCUGAUUAUCUUACAUGAGAACAAUUUUUGUCCAGUACCCUUGUCUUGUUGGUCAGCUUGGUAAAGUCCCUCUGUCUCGCCGCUAUCCUGCUGACAUAGCUGCUCUCACGACUUUACUGUAAACAACGCGCAGCUCACGUCUCGCGUGGAUUGAAUGGAACCGAGCUUACGUCACGUUUCUUGCGUGUUUAACCAGUAAAAAGGUUUUAAGAGCUCUUUGUACUCCAUGCAGUAUAAUAAAAAAUGUUUCCUGGAAACCUUUUGACCAGAGUCUGUGAAAAAAUAAAAACUAUUUAAGAUGUAAAUAUAACACUAUUUUAUGGAAGAUGGGCUAGCUAUGGCUAUGUUUUUAUUAUUAUUG